CCUGAACCUUAGGAGGAGUUGGAGUGGCUGGCGCCAGCCCUGCACCUUAUCAAAUUGAACUGGUCUCAACUCCUGUGCAUGCCUGUCGCUCUGGAAAUGGCGCUGCUUCUCCUUCUCUUUGGGGGCUUCUGGGUCCAGGUGGUGAGCCAAGAGUCUSUGGUGAACAUGACGAAUGCCACAGGACAAUCCUCUGCUUCUUCAGUCACAGGUACCUUUGAAGUCACAGGUACCCCGAGCUUCAAAUCAGAUAUCUCCGCCAUGCCAGUAACAAGUGACCCUAAGGAGGCCAAUAGCGCUGGAAGCCUGGUCUCACACCCACCCUCCUCAACUACCUUUACAACCAGUGACGAGACCCACCCUCAGACUUUCACUGGCGCCAUCACUGGGCCCCCUGUACCUGAGCCAACAACAUCCCAGGAAGUGUCCACUGAGAAGUCAUCAGUAYUCCCCCAAACCUCUAAUGCAACUAGUGACCCUUCGGUCACUGAUUCAGUGAAGCCUUCGGGAAACCCCACUGUGACAAGUGAAAACACGACAUUUGACUCUCUGGACACCUCCAAUGUGACUAAUAAGCUCCCUGUCGUCAUAACAACUAGUUCUCUGGAGACCUCCAAGGAAACCAGCGGACCCCCUGUCACCAUAGCAACUAGCUCUCUGGAACCUUCCAAUGAGACCAGUGGACCCCCUGUCACCAUAGCAACUAGCUCUCUGGAACCUUCCAAUGAGACCAGUGGACUCCCUGUCUCCAAGGCAACUAUCUCUCUGGAACCUUCCAAUGAGACCAGUGGACCCCCUGUCACCAUGACAAGCAGCUCUCUGGAACCCUCCAAUGAGACCAGUGGACCCCCUGUCACCAUGACAAGCAGCUCUCUGGAACCCUCCAAUGAGACCAGUGGACUCCCUGUCACCAUGGCAACUAUCUCUCUGGAACCUUCCAAUGAAACCAAGGGACACUCUGUCACCAUGACAACCAGCUCUCUGGGGACCUCCACUGUGACCAAAGGACCCCCAGUGACUAGCAUAAAAACCUCUGCAUCUACUACCUCCCAGUCCUCUAUAAGCAUGAGCACUAGCUCCCCGCAAAAAUCAGGGUCGAAUGGCAUGCUGCUGGUACCUGUGCUUGUGGCCCUGCUGGUGGUCAUAGUCCUCCUGGCCCUGCUCCUGCUGUGGCGCCGGCGACAGAAGAGGAGAACCGGGGUCCUGAUGCUGAACACAGGUGGAAAGCGCAAUGGAGUGGUGGAUGCCUGGGCUGGGCCAGCCAGGGUCCCUGAUGAGGAGGCCACAACCACUCCAGGGGGAGGGGCUGGGGGCAACAAAGACUCUAGGGUCCUUGAGACGGAGGCGUCUGGCCAGCGGCCCUUGCUCACCACUUUCUUCAGCAGACGGAAGUCUCGCCAGGGCUCCUUGGUGCUGGAGGAACUAAAGUCUGGGUCAGGUUCCAACACAAAGGGGGAAGAGGAGCCACUGGUGGGCAGUGAGGAUGAGGCGGUGGAAGCCCCCACUUCCAAUGGGCCAGAAGUGGGGGAUGGGGCUGCACGUUCAAGUUUGUAAAUAAUGCAAUUCUGAGGAUCCCUGCCAUCUGCCAUCCCC